GAUGUCAUGAAGAAGAAGGGGACUGUUGUAAGGAUGUGCUGCAGGUGCUGAUGGGAAGUCAUCCAACAUGCGUGCACAUGAUGUUGGAGGAAGACGACGCUUCGAGGACAAUGAGUUCACACUGCGCAUUUACCCUGGUAGCAUUGCAGAAGGGACAAUUUAUUGCCCUGUUGCAGCCAGGAAGAGCACCACGGCUGCAGAGGUCAUUGACUCUGUCAUCGUUAAGUUGCAGCUGGACAAAAUCAAAUGCUAUGUCUUGGCCGAGGUAAAGGAGUUCGGGGGAGAAGAAUGGAUUCUCAACCCCACAGACUGCCCCGUCCAGCGCAUGAUGUUGUGGCCCCGUAUGGCACUUGAGAAUCGCUUCAGUGGUGAGGAUUAUCGCUUCCUGUUGCGUGAAAAGAACUUGGAUGGGUCUAUACAUUAUGGGAACUUGCAGUCCUGGUUGAAAGUGACCGAAGAACGUCGGAGAAUGAUGGAACGUGGUUUUCUGCCGCAGCCUCAACAGAAAGAUUAUGAUGACCUCUGCAGCCUACCUGACCUGAAUGAGAAAACCCUUUUGGAAAAUCUAAGAAAUCGAUUUAAACAGGAAAAAAUUUAUACCUACGUGGGCAGCAUCUUAAUAGUCAUUAAUCCUUUUAAGUUUUUGCCUAUUUAUAAUCCAAAAUAUGUUAAAAUGUACGACAACCAUCAACUAGGGAAGUUAGAACCACAUAUUUAUGCUGUGGCAGAUGUUGCUUACCAUGCUAUGUUGCAUGCCAAGAAGGAUCAAUGUAUUGUAAUUUCUGGGGAGAGUGGAUCAGGAAAAACACAAAGCACCAACUUUCUUAUUCAUCACCUUACUGCUCUCAGUCAAAAAGGAUUUGCCAGUGGAGUAGAGCAGAUUAUUCUGGGAGCUGGGCCUGUACUUGAGGCUUUUGGGAAUGCAAAGACAGCUCACAACAAUAACUCUAGUCGCUUUGGCAAGUUUAUUCAAGUAAAUUAUCAUGAAACUGGCACAGUGCGUGGGGCUUAUGUUGAAAAGUACCUUCUAGAAAAGUCAAGAUUAGUGUAUCAGGAACACAAUGAACGGAACUAUCAUGUAUUUUACUACCUGCUGGCGGGAACUAGUGAGGAGGAGAGAACUGCAUUCCAUCUGAAGAAGCCUGAAGAGUACCACUACCUUAAUCAGAUGACAAAGAAAGUCCUCAGACAGAAUUGGGACGAUUAUUACUAUGAUUCUGAGCUGGAUUGCUUUACCGUGGAAGGCGAGGACUUAAAGCAUGACUUUGAACGAUUGCAGUUGGCUAUGGAGAUGGUAGGAUUCCUGCCUACAACUUGUAAACAGAUUUUCUCUCUUCUGUCUGCAAUUCUACACUUGGGGAACAUUCAGUACAAGAAGAAGACUUACCGAGAUGAUUCAAUUGAUAUCUGUAACCCCGAAGUACUACCUGUGGUUUCAGAACUUCUCGAGGUGAAACAGGAAAUGCUGUUUGAAGCACUGACCACUAGAAAAACUGUGACUGUGGGUGAACGACUCAUUGUACCAUACAAAAAGGAGGAGGCAGUGACAGUGAGAGACUCUAUGGCCAGGUCUUUGUACAGUGCUUUGUUCGACUGGAUUGUUUUUCGAAUCAAUCAUGCGUUAUUAAACAACCGUGACUUGGAGGAUAAUACCAAGAUCCUGUCCAUUGGAGUGCUUGACAUCUUUGGGUUUGAAGACUAUGAGAGUAACAGCUUUGAACAGUUUUGUAUCAACUUUGCUAAUGAGCGUCUUCAGCAUUAUUUCAAUCAGCAUAUCUUCAAGCUGGAGCAGGAAGAGUACAGGACCGAAGGAAUCAGCUGGCAUAAUAUCGAUUACAUUGACAAUACAAGCUGCAUUAAUCUCAUCAGUAAGAAGCCCACUGGACUGUUCCAUCUACUGGACGAAGAGUGCAAUUUCCCACAGGCCACAAACCAGACAUUGCUGGACAAGAUCAAGCGUCACCAUGAGGGACAAAGCUACAUUGAAUUUCCGGCAGUAUUGGAGCCAGCGUUCAUCAUCAGGCAUUAUGCAGGAAAAGUCAAAUAUGGGGUGAAGGAUUUCCGUGCAAAGAAUACCGAUCACAUGAGACCCGAUAUUGUAGCACUUUUGAAAAGCAGUAAAAAUGCCUUCAUUUGCGGACUAAUAGGUAUUGACCCAGUUGCUGUUUUUCGUUGGUGUGUCCUGCGAGCCUUUUUCAGGGCUGUUGUGGCAUUCAGAGAAGCUGGGAAACGCUUUGCAGAGAAGAAAACUGGGAAUGAGGAUGCAGUGCCAAGUGCUGUCUUGAAAAGUAUGGAUAGCUUUAGCUUUCUGCAUCAUCCGGUCCAUCAAAGGAGCUUAGAAAUCCUGCAGAGGUGCAAGGAGGAGAAGUACAGUAUUGCAAGAAAGAGUCCAAGAACACCACUUUCAGAUCUUCAGGGAACAAACACCAUUAAUGAAAAAUCUCAGCGGAAUAACUAUGAUGUCAGCUGGAAUGGUAGGACAUCACUACGACAGAGCCGCCUUUCAACGAACAACUCCAUCCUCGAUGACGAUGGUAUAUUCAUUAACACAUCCAGCAGCAAACUGUUGGAGCGGGCACAUGGCAUACUGAUGAGGAAUAAGAACUACAAACCAAAACCUCUACUUCCAAAGCACUUGUUAGAUGUAAAAUCUCUAAAGCACUUAGCCAAACUGACACUUCACGAUCGUAUCACCAAGUCUCUGCUUCAUUUGCACAAGAAGAAAAAGCCUCCUAGUAUUAGUGCGCAGUUCCAGACUUCUCUGAAUAAACUGAUGGAAACGCUGGGACAGGCAGAACCCUACUUUGUUAAAUGCAUCCGAUCAAAUGCAGAGAAGAUGCCUUUGAGAUUUGAUGAUAAGCUAGUAUUGAGGCAGCUGCGAUACACAGGAAUGUUGGAGACUGUCCGAAUUCGACAGUCAGGAUACCCAGUAAAGUACACUUUUCAGGAUUUUGUGAAGCACUUUCAUGUCUUGUUACCACGUGGUACAAAUCCUUCUCAACAGAACAUCCUGGAAUUUCUCAGAGCAGUGAACCUUAAUUCAAGCAGCUACCAAGUAGGGCUUACCAUGGUUUUCAUGAAGGAGCAGGAACGACAGCAGUUGCAGGACUUGCUGCAUCGUGAGGUCUUGAGGAGAAUCAUCCUUCUACAGCACUGGUUCCGUGCCUUGCUCGAUAGGCGGUACUUCCUCAACAUGAAACAAGCAGCUGUCAUCAUACAGAGUGCCUGGAAAGAUUACAAGGACAAACAGAAAGCAGAAUUUGAAGACCUUUCAACUCUCCACAAUGCUGCAGUCAUCAUCCAGUCCUCCUGGAGGAAAUACAGGGAAGAGAAAAAAUUCCUUCAAAUGCGGUCUGCAGCCAUCUGUGUUCAGAGAUGCUGGCAGAGGUACUGUAGACGCAGGCACUAUGCAGCUGUGUGCAUCCAAUCAGCAUGGCGGGGCUUCAGGGUAAAGUCAGCAUACAACAGCCAAAGGAGGACCAUCGUCUUACUACAGGCAAUGUGCCGAGGUCAUAUUGCCAGGCUCAGAUUUCGAUCCUUGAAGGAACAACGGUUAAAAGAAAGACAGCUUGCAAAUGGACUGAGGUUUGAAUCUAGGGAUGUGUUUAACACAGAAAACACUUUAUUAAUAAAAGGUUCUGAUCCCAGCAAAUGGGAGGACAGAACAUUUAAAGACCGGGAGAAAGCUCUUUGGGAACGUCGAUCAGAAAAAGAUUAUAGCAAAUUAAAUACCACUGGACUAGAUUCUGAUCAGACUCUUAGCAACCUCCAUGAAGGAAUAAUUGAACCAAAUAAUUUGGAAAUGCACCAACAAGAUGUGGUGGUAAGGGAACGACAUAAAGUGGUAGAUGAUCCAGAUCAGAAAAAGGUGGUUAGAGCUAAGCGAGAAAGUCGCAGAAUGCGAGAACUGGAGCAAGCAAUAUUUAGCUUAGAGUUGCUGAAGGUUCGAGCUUCAGGUUUAUCUCCCUCAGAAGAGAACCCUUGGCCAAUGGAGCUUUUAGAUGGCUGUAAUUCUCCACAUGGGACACCUGACAGUCAAAGCUCCAGAGAAAGUUUUGAAAUGCUAAAUUGUGAUGAAGAUCAACUAGAAAAUGAUGCAUUGGAGACACAAGUUUCCUUAAAUGAACAUCUAAACCCAUCAGCAGGCAGUCCAAAAUGCACUUUUUCAGGUACAACAGAUGGUAUUCCAUUAAGUGAAAAGAAAUCUCUUGACCAUAUUUCCAUUAGUACUAGCUUAACCCCCGGUAUAGAUUUUAUCCCAGGCAUUUUACCCACUUUUUAUAUCCCUCCCCCAGAAAGCUUAUCAGUGAGUUCUAACAAAGCUGUAGACACUGCAUCACUUGGCUCUAAUGUUUCAGAGGAUCAAGAAAUCUGUAAAGAGCUUAAAAAAGAAACAUGGCCUGAACACAGAGAAGAUAGCCUGCUAGGAUUUAAACACAAGACAGACCAACCCAAGGCACCUUUUUCAGAAAAUAUAUGGUUAAGGAUGGAGGAGGGUCCUGCUAGUACUUUGCUAGAUGAAAACAAACUUUCUAUGUUAGAGCGACUGGAGAAACUAAACAGCCAGAAGGAGGAACGGCAGAAGCAACAACAGCAGCAGAAUGAACGUGAAAUGAUGGAACAGAUUCGACAGCAGAAAGAGAUUCUGGAGAAACAGAGAAGAAUGUUUGAACAGCAUGAACGAGAAAUAUUUGAGAAACGGAAGGAGGAAGCAUUGCAAAAAAUCGAGAAAAGUAGACAGAAUGACUUAGCACAGGGACCUGUCUUGAAACCACAAAGCAGGCAAGACCAGCGUCCUCAGUCUCUCUUAAUUCUUCAGCCUGAAGUUAAAGGAGACACACACAACCCUUCAGAUGUAUCACCUUCUGACAUUGCAAUAAAAAUGAUCAGUGUUCCAGACUCUGAAUAUAGUAGAGAUAGUGUGUCUGUUUCUACUGGGUUGAAAGGCCGACCUGUAACUAUGUAUGCAGAUAGAAUGGCAGGGCAACCCUGGCACUUACAGGAUCCAGGUCGGAUAGACGGAUGGAGUCCAAAACUGACCUUUGAUUCAUCUGCAACAACUAGUCCAAGGCUAGAACGCCUCAAACAAUCCAGAGUGCCAGUUCCAAUCCCAGACACCUCUGCAAAUGAGAGGACCAGUGCCUUUUUCUUCUCACCAAAAGAAAAUAAGACUGCCUUGAACAAAUACGCUCAAGACACUGGAAAUCAGGAAGGUCCCUGGGUAUUGCAGAAGGAUGGACCACCUAAGAAGUCAUUCAGGAUUUCUGCCUCCAUUGCAGGAGAGGUUGCUGGACAGACCCAAAAAAAGAGAGCCCGCAUGGCACGGACACGCUCAGAUUUCUUGACUCGAGUGUGUUAUAUUGAUGGGGAGGAGGAUACAGAAGAAGAUGAUUUUGAGGAUAUUAUCGAGAUUCCUCUGUCCCCUGACCAGCCUUCCCUCCCCAACCUGGAUCCUGAAGUAAGAGCGGGUCUUACCUGUCACAGUGACUCAGAAAUGACCUUGUUGAAGUUUGGAAUGUCUGAAGGAUCAAAGAAGCUUCACAAGACAAUGUCUCAAGGUGAUAUUGUAAAACUAGAGGCUGGGAUGAAGAACCCAAUCAUUGAUGGAAGACCACCAAAAGGGAAGAUGAAGUUCUGGGGGAAGACAAGACCUGGAGAAAAGAAGGUUGAGAAGCUGGCCACCCAGUCUGAAGUCCUGGAACUUUCCACAGACCAAGAAGGUUCUGGUUUGGAUACUGCUUUCAAUUACCAAAAUAUAGAAGGUCAUCAUCCAACUCCCCCAAGGAGUCCUGACCUGGCUUCCGAUCGUGGAAGAGAGUUCAAAGAGAAUAAGGAGCCCUCCCCCAAGGUGAAGAGGAAGCGCAGUGUGAAGAUCAGCAAUGUCACGCUUGAUUCCACCCAGUGGCAGAACGACUCACUACAGAUCAUCACUAGCGCAAAUGACUUGAAGUGUAUGGAUGAGUUCCUGCUGAAGAAGAUCACAGACCUGGAUACAGAGGACAGCAAAAAGGACACAUUAGUGGAUGUCGUCUUUAAGAAAGCUCUGAAGGAGUUCCGAUUAAAUAUAUUCAACAUUUAUUCUACUGCUCUGACAAUGGAUGAUGGAAAGUCAAUCCGGUACAAAGAUCUCUAUGCACUGUUUGAGCAGAUCCUGGAGAAGACCAUGAGACUGGAGCAGCGUGACUGGAGUGAGUCACCUGUUAAAGUUUGGGUCAAUACCUUCAAAGUAUUUCUAGAUGAAUUUAUGACCGAGUGUAAGCCUCUGGAAAGCAACGUAGGAAAGGUGCCAAAAAACGAACGCAAGAAGAGGAGGAAGAAAGAAGCAGACAUUGUCGAAGAACACAAUGGACACAUCUUCAAAUCAACACAAUACAGCAUCCCCAAUUACUGUGAAUAUUGCUCCUCAAUCAUAUGGAUAAUGGACAAGGCUUCCGUCUGUAAAUUAUGUAAAUAUGCCUGCCAUAAGAAGUGCUGUCUAAAAACAACCAACAAGUGUUCCAAAAAGUAUGAUCUUGAAAUCUCACCACGACAUUUCGGAGUUGAUGUUUCCCUUUUAACGAAUGAAGAGAAGACGGUGCCAGUAGUAGCCGAAAAGCUGAUCAACUACAUUGAAAUGCACGGGUUGUACACAGAGGGUAUUUACAGGAAGUCUGGAUCCACUAAUAAAUCCAAAGAGCUCCGUCAGGGACUGGACACAGACCUGGAUCGUGUGAAUCUAGAUGACUACAAUAUCCAUGUGAUUGCCAGUGUGUUCAAACAGUGGUUAAGAGAGCUGCCCAAUCCUCUAAUGACCUUUGAAUUCUAUUCAGAGUUUUUAAGAGUUAUGGGUUUACAGGAUAGGAAAGAUAUGGUUUUGGGAGUAUAUUCCAUCAUUAAUCAACUUACACGAGCACAUCUGAGCACUUUGGAGCGCCUCAUUUUCCACCUUGUCAGAAUUGCCUUAGAAGAGGAGACCAACCGUAUGUCUGCAAAUGCUUUAGCCAUUGUGUUUGCACCCUGCAUACUGCGCUGCCCUGACACCACAGAUCCACUUGAGAGUGUGCAAGACAUCAGCAAAACCACAGCGUGUGUAGAGCUGAUUGUCAUCGAACAGAUGAACAAGUACAAGGCACGCUUGAAGGACAUCAGUAGCCUAGAAUUUGCUGAGAACAAAGCAAAGAACAGACUGUCUCUCAUUCGCAGAUCAAUGAAACCUGUACUAAUUGCAGUUAGAUUUAUGAGCAUAACCCGCAGUUCAAUCUCGGGCAAAGGGAGGUUACGUCGUUUGAACUACCCAAGUGUAUCAUCACCUGGGAUCCAAAGGAAUCCAUCCAUGUCUGAUGUUGCAGAGGAGUUAGUGAGUGGCGAUGAGUCCAUGGAGAUUGAUCUGACAGAACAGCAGCAAGCAGCCAUGCAGCAGGAGGAGAGAGUUCUAACUGAGCAGAUUGAGAGCCUGCAGAAAGAGAAAGAGGAACUGACAUAUGAAAUGAUUGCCCUUGAGCCACGAGCCUCAGAUGAUGAAACUCUGGAAUCUGAAGCUUCAAUUGGGACAGCUGACAGCUCGGAGAACUUAAAUCUCGAUUCUGAAGGAACCGAUCGAACAGAGAGAAGCUUGGCAUUAAGCUUUGCUCGACAUGGGAAGAUGACUCCUACCAGCAAAGCACGAAGACAGCUGAAGAAGCAGUCUGACUCUGUUGAUUCUGCUGAAUCUGGAAGAUAUUCUCCUCCGACAUCAUCCGCAUCCUGCAUACCGCAGAGGGCACGAAGGCGUUUUCAUUUCCGUUCCAAAUCCCCCUCCCCAGCACCUUCAGUGACAACAGUAUCUUCUACUGAAUACUCAGAGGUGGAUGGGCCUCUGAGACAAACUAGAGGUCAAGAUGACAGCCCGCAGUAUACCAGUAGAGGGACAUUUAACCCUGAAAAAGGCAAACAGAAACUGAAAGCAGUGAAAGUUUCACCUCAGAAACCCAAAGAAUGUCCUGAAGGGGGAGUAGGGAAGAAAAAAAACAAUGAGUCAGACUGCAGAUCUUCACAACAAGUGGUUCUCCUUGGGAACAAUGAGUUCAUGGUGUGAGUUUGUGAGUUGUUAAAGAUAUGGUCAGUUUUAUAGAAAUCUGGUCAGCAGUGGUCUUUGGUAACGUCUGUACUGAGAACUGUUGCCUAGUCCUCAAUAGCAACACCAUCCACCUGUCACUCAGAAAUGCCAUUGCUACUACUAACAGGAUAUGGAAUCAGACUCCUUUGCAAACUUUUGCAAAAAGUUUCUAGGUCUCUUCUAUGGCCUUGUGUGCAUUCGCUGUUUCUUUCUAGCUACUGGAAAAUGAAUCCAACUGUCUUGUUAUUGUGCAGUUGGAUUUCAUGAUGGAAGCUACAGAGACUGCAAGAAGAAAUUGCACAAUGUCUUCAUCUACGCAGGAAUCUGGGUCAGGUGCUGGAAACAGGCUCAGUGCUGACCAGUUUUGGAUACUGGGAGCAGCUUAUUGUGGCUGUAUCAGAAAAGAGACUCCAGUGUCACUUAUCUUCAUCUUCUUUCAGGAAGAAGUAAUACAAAUGCCUUGUGGGACCGAAGUAUAAUUGCACUCCAGUGGUGUGUUGUAAAACAAAACUGUAAAAAAAUAAAAAAAAAAUACACUAGAGGUUUA